AUGCAGAAUAAUGCGAGGAGUCAAUCAAGCAGAGCAUUGACAUCGAGGGAUUCUCCUGCGGUGAUGCAGCCUAAAAGUACGGCGGGUGCUUCAGGACCAAAUGAUGUGAAACUGUUCAUGCAAACAGAUAUGAAAACUAGGGCCCCCACACUGUGCUCUCCUGCUGCCAACCCGGAAGUGCGUCUGUCCAUCACCAGUGAACAUGGAGACUCCAGCAGUGGUGCCUCAUCCCGGAGGCCCAGGGUGUCCUCCCACGCACACGCCCACUCCCAUGGACACACUCGGGCACAGCACCAGCCCCACUCCCCGACUGACCUGGAGCCUCCUGAUUCUGACCCAGAGUCUGGAGAGACCAGUGCCUCGCUCUCAGAGCUCCGCUGUCUAUUCCGGUGGCUUCAGAAAAGUCUCCCUUUCCUUAUAAUUCUGUGUGCAAAACUGGUGAUCCAACAUGCUCUUGGUUUAAUGGUCGCCAUUGGUCUAUUUACCACCUUUUUAUAUGUGAAUAAAGGUAUUCAAACUCAAGUUUUUCACCAGCAUGGCCACUUCAAGUUGCACUGUGUGUGGUAUAUCAUCUUCUUAAGUUCCUCAACAGUCCUGCUUUAUUACACAUUUAAUAGUGAGACACUUCACAACUGUCUCAUUUUUCUCAGCCCAAUUGGACUUGUUGGAUUUUGGGAGGUUCUUUGGGCAGUUGGCAUCACUAAUUUUAUAAUUAAAUUCCUUACUAUGGGGAUUAAGUGCCUUAUUUUGCUGCUGCCCUCCACAUUGGUCACCUACAGGUCUCAGGGGAGAUUUCUAAUGCUAACAGAGGAGCUAGGUCAGAUAUACCAGGCAGUUGCCCCUGUUCCUCUAUGGUUCCAUUACCUGGUCACCUACCAUAUUGAUAGUGCUCUUGGGCUGACCUUUGGGGUUGUGCUUGCUUUGCUCUACCUCAUAAUGAAACUGUUAGGUCUGUAUGGACAGUGUUCAGCAUUAAUACAAACUCUGAGGAUAUGUCUACAGGGAGAGCAAACUGGAACAGCGGCCACUAGGAGUCAGUGUAGUGAAGCCGGAGAGGUUUGUCCUAUCUGCCAAGGAGAGUACAGGCAGCCUCGUGCACUGCUCUGCCAGCACAUAUUCUGCGACGAGUGUAUUGCACUUUGGUUCAAUCGUGAAAAGAGCUGCCCGCUGUGCAGGACUGUGAUCACAGAAAAGGUCUACAAAUGGAGGGAUGGUGAUACAUCUCCACACCUGCAAAUUUAUUGA